AAAAAAAAAUUGACGAGGGAAAGGGACGCGGGCGUGGUGCGUCAUUUCAGGCACGAGAUGUUAGGCAUAGCCGCUGUUCCCGCCGGCGCUCUCUCCGCCGCAACACCCGCCGUUGGGACUUCUCCUCUACACCUCUCAAACCACUGGAGGGCCAAAGUUUGCACUUUUACCUCGCAGCAGCAGGGGCAGGCCUCAGUCGGUGGGGGCAUUAUUCAUCUUCAAUCUUGUUUGCUGCGCUCGAGCUCUCCUCUUGUUAAAGCAAUGGCUGCUGAGAAGACUGAGUCGCACCCUUCUGCUUCUCGUAGCAGGCAAGCGCUGAUAUCGUUGUCCGAUAAACGUGAUUUGGCUCUGUUAGGAAAGGGGCUUCAUGAGUUGGGGUAUACGCUUGUAUCGACCGGAGGGACAGCAGCUGCUCUGCAAACUUCUGGGUUGCCUGUCACCAAAGUGGAGCAACUCACUUGUUUCCCUGAAAUGCUUGAUGGCCGAGUGAAAACUCUGCAUCCUAACAUUCAUGGAGGAAUUCUUGCACGCCGUGACCAAAGUCAUCACAUGGAAGCGCUUGAUAAACGUGGGAUUGGUACCUUUGAUGUAGUUGUGGUGAACUUGUAUCCUUUUUACGACAAAGUUACUGCUAAAGGUAAUAUUGAGUUUGAGGAUGGAAUUGAAAACAUUGAUAUCGGUGGUCCAGCCAUGAUCAGAGCUGCUGCUAAGAAUCACAAGGAUGUCCUAAUUGUUGUUGAUUCCGAAGACUAUCCUGCCCUCCUGGAGUUUCUUAAGGGGAACCUGGAGGAUCCACAUUUCCGCAGAAAACUAGCCUGGAAGGCUUUUCAACACUCUGCUUCUUAUGAUUCUGCGGUCUCAGAGUGGCUCUGGGAACAAACUAAUGGAGAAAAGUUCCCUCCCAGUUUUACAGUGCCUCUCUCUCUGAAGAGUUCUCUUCGUUACGGUGAAAAUCCUCAUCAAAAGGCUGCAUUUUAUGUGGAUAAGAGGAUUGCUGAGGUUAAUGCUGGGGGUAUUGCAAGUGCUAUACAACACCAUGGAAAGGAAAUGUCAUAUAACAACUACCUGGAUGCUGAUGCUGCUUGGAAUUGUGUAUCAGAGUUUAAGAACCCGACAUGUGUCGUCGUGAAGCACACAAAUCCUUGUGGUGUGGCUUCCCGUAGUGAUAUCCUUGAAGCUUAUAGGUUAGCUGUGAAAGCAGAUCCAGUUAGUGCCUUUGGCGGUAUUGUGGCCUUCAAUGUAGAAGUUGAUGAGAAUUUAGCGAGGGAAAUCAGAGAGUACAGAAGUCCAACAGAUGGUGAAACUCGCAUGUUCUAUGAGAUUGUUGUCGCACCCAAGUACUCAAAGAAGGGACUUGAAGUGCUCCGAGGGAAAUCUAAGACACUGAGGAUCCUGGAGGCUAGCAAGAAUGAGAGAGGAAAGCUCUCACUGAGACAAGUUGGCGGAGGAUGGCUAGCUCAGGAUUCCGAUGAUCUAACACCGGAAGAGAUCCAAUUCAGUGUUGUCUCAGAGAAGAAACCAACAGAAAGUGAGCUUAGUGAUGCUGAGUUUGCUUGGCUUUGUGUUAAGCACGUGAAGAGCAAUGCCAUUGUGAUCGCAAAGAAUAACUGCAUGUUGGGCAUGGGGAGCGGGCAACCGAACCGGUUAGAGAGUCUGAGGAUUGCCAUGAAGAAGUCUGGGGAGGAGGUUAAAGGAGCAGCAUUAUCAAGCGAUGCAUUCUUCCCAUUUGCUUGGAAAGAUGCGGUGGAAGAGGCAUGUGAGAGCGGGGUAGGUGUUAUUGCGGAGCCAGGAGGGAGCAUCAGGGAUCAGGAUGCGGUCGACUGCUGCAACAAGUACGGGGUGUCGCUGCUCUUUACCAAUGUGAGGCACUUCAGGCACUGAUAGAUAGGGUAGCUCGCAUCGCAAUGGUGGUUUUCAGCCACUGAUAGAUAGGUAGAGCUCCCAAUGGUGGUCUUGAGCUCGACUUUACAUAGCUUUGCUUGAGCAAAUAAUGUAAGAUUUUCUUGGGACAAUGGUCUCCAUCGUUUGUUUUCAUGUUUUUCAAAUGCUACUGUAUUUGAUUGGAGGACAUUUUAAUGUGCUCGGAACUUUGACGAUGCACGCUAAGAGGAUAUGUAAUAAUAUCUCGGAUGUUGUUUUCAAAAGA